UUAAAAAAAAAAUGUGCCAUUCAAAAUCCCUUUGAGAGUUCAUGGAGAGUGAUCGCAUCUCCGUGAUUUUGCUCCGAAAAAGGAAUCGUUCGGCAAUCUUUGCUACUCGAAUCACUCUACCGAACAAGGUUUAUGAAAUCCGCAAGCUGACGAUGGAUGGUGAAAUAAGCCAGCAGCCGAGGCAAGAGCGUUCCAGGACGAGGUGGACUCCGAUCCUCGAUAAGGUUUUCGCGGAUUUGGUGGUUAAGCAGAUCCAACUAGGCAACAGGCAGAACAACGUUUUCGACAAGAAAACAUGGAGUCACAUAUGCCAAGAGUUUAACGAGCAGACACAUCUCAACUUCAACAACAAUCAGUUAAGGAAACAUCUCGAUGUUCUUAGGCAACGUUACAACGCUCUUAAACCGUCCCAUCUUCAGAACGAGUUUGUGAUCGAGGAUAAUUGUAUCGGGUUUGGCUUGUGGGAAGAUUUAGGUGUACAUCCACGGGCUGAACCGAUCAAAGUUACGGAUUGCUCGAUUUACGAGCAGCUUUGCGCCAUUUUCGAUGAUAAUUAUUUGGAUGGUAGAUACGCUCAGUCUAGUCAUUUCGAGGGAUUAGAAGCAACCCUUGCAAAUCAAACCUUUCAUGAAGGGACGACGCAAUCACUGAAGCUAAUAACACCGAAAGCAGGGAAAGGAAAUGUAUCUCUCUUGGAAAAGGAUUCUCGGAAUUUCACCGAGAGGAAGAGGAAGAGAAAACCCGAGACAAGUCCCGCCUUGGCCCGAAGCCCGAUCGAGACCAUGGGAAGGGCGAUGCUCGACAUGGUGGAUGCAUUGAGGUCGAGAAUGGCCGAUGCCACAAAGACGGAUGAUAAAUUCAGUAUCGGGAAUUGCAUUAGCGCCCUCGACGAGAUGGAAAACGUGGACGAAGGCAUCUACUUCUCGGCGUUGGAUCUUUUCGAGAGCCCUUGUCUAAGAGAGAUUUUUCUAUCUUUGAAGGGAAACAAGAUAAGGUUGAUAUGGUUACAAGGGAAGUGCAGGACACCUUCCCUUCCUACUCCAUGUUAGGGUUAUGUCCGAUUAUCCAAACCCAUAGUAUCAUUUUUUUUAAUAA